CGACCCGGAAGUCUGCAAUGACGUCACUUCAGGGAGACAAGCGUCUAUUCUUCGACAACCUACCAUACGGGACACUGUGGCGCAGACUGUGAACGGGGCUUGGAUCAUGACAGCGGAUAUACGGGCAAGUAACGGCGUCGUCCACCUGAUUGACCGCUUCCUGCUUCCCCUCCAGUCCAAUCUGACCAUCGCCCAGUACCUCAAGGCUCCAGAUAUCCCUGGAUAUUCAUUCGCGUCAAUUGAAAAGGCGUCCAUCAUUGACACGGGCCUGCGCCUGGCCACCAACUCCACCGACCAGCGGUUCACUGUGUUCGCUCCCAACGAUUCUUUUAUCAACGUCAUGCCAGACUACGGCCAAGACGUCCUCUUUAACGACACCGCGCUUCUGAAAUCCGUUUUCUGGGCGCACAUCUUGGAGGGAGAGACAGUGUUCCUGUCGCGACUCGGAGAACUUCCGGCGCGCCCUGCUAAGGCCGGCGUUAUCAAAUUUCAUAGAGACGGCGCGGACGUUUACGUGACCAACAAUCGAGUGCGAGCACGUGUGAUCCGCGCCAACCUGCCCGUGAGUAACGGCGUCAUCCACGUCAUAGACAACCUGCUCUUCUUCGUCUACAGGAACAUGCUACAGACGCUGCAGACGCUUGACAAUAUCGUUUUCAUGGCGGGCAACAUCGGUGUCCUAGAGAAGGAGUUAUCUGAGCGUUUGGGCGACCCGGUGCGGAAGAUGACGUUAUUCCUGCCCACUGACGACGCUUUCGCCAAGCUCCCGCAGGACAAACAGCUCCAGAUGGACGGCAACGGCACACAUAUCUCUAGGCUGUACCGGGAUCACAUGGUUAUGUACGGCGAGCGGGACGUUGAUUCAUUCCAGGAUGGUGAGACAUUCUCCACCGCCGACGGACAGAUACUCACCAUCCGGCGGAUACACAAAGAUAUCUACGUGGAAGGCGGGGGUGUGCGGGCCAAGAUCACCAUCGGUGAUAUUGGCUGUACGAAUGGCGUCGUCCACCUAGUGAACAGCGUUCUAUUCCAGCGGGAUUUCACCAUCUGGGACGCCGUUCAGGGCAAUAGUCAGCUCAGGGAGAUGCGAGACUUCAUCAGCCUGAGCGCAGAACUGAUGCGGACGCUGGGCGACACCGGAAGUGGUCCACUGACGGCGUUGCUAGUGAGCGACGCCGCAGUCCACCGCCUUCCCCAGGACACGCGCCUCUACCUUCAACACAACGCAAACAUCCUACUCGAGGCGGUACACGGAUCAAUCGCCCACGGGGUGAUCCUGAGCUCCACCCAGAUCCCACAGGAACAGGAAGUGACAACUCUGUCGGGGAGAACCAUCACACUAUAUAACACCGAGCACGGUGUGUACGCGGUUGGAAGCCGUAUCAGAGCCAACGUGGUUAUCGAGGACAUCUGGUGUUCAAACGGCGUUCUCCACGUCACCGACAACCUGCUUCACGUGCCAACGCGCAACAUCUUGAACGAGAUUCAGGCACAACCGGGACUCAGUGUGAUGGGCGGGGUGUUGCAGGCGUACCCGACCAUCAUGACGGCACUUGAGAACACAGACCGGAUGUGGACAAUGUUUGUUCCCGGUGACGAGGCCUUCACAGACAUGCCCACCCAUCGGGCCCUGGCGCUCUCUGACAGGCCCUGGUACCUAGCUCAGCUUCUGAACAACACCCUGAUUCCGGGAGCAAACUCCUACCUUGAGGAGUAUGGGGACUACACGAGAUUCACUUCCGCCAUCGGUUCCCCGCUCUUCGUCGUGAAGGAGCAAGACAGAGUGUACGCUAACGUAAACAAUGUGCGGGGAACCGUGACACGUGCAAACAUCCGUUGCACGAACGGCCUCAUCCACGUGGUAGACACGUUUCUCGGAUUCCCCUUCUACACAGUUGCUGAGGUGUUCGAACGCACGCAUGAACUUAAGCCGUUUUACGACCUGAUAUCGGGUAUAGACGAUUUCUACACGUGGUCAGACGCUCCUAACACCAAUUUGACGUUGCUUGUGCCCAGUGCCGCCUUCAUGGCCAGCCUGUCAGACUUUCACCGGACCUUUAUAGAGUCAGAGCCGGGUAUGGAUCGCAAGAUCUUCAACUGUCACGCCAUCCCCUCUGUCUCGUUAAGCCAGCUGUACCUUAACCAAGUGUUCCACACCAGUCGGGUCUUCCUCACCGAGAACAGAUACAACAUAACCUUCACGCUCAUAGACGUCCACUCAUCUGAUCAUAAAGCGACAACGUCCGUGGAUAUAGGGUUUACGAAUCUCCGGCACACAUUCGACCUAGUCAGUGACGGUAUCGGCUGUAGUAACGGCGUCAUCUACGUCAUUGACGGCUUCCUCAACUUUCCCCUCCACGAUACACUGUAUGAGAUUAAAAACCAGCCGGAUAUCAGCCUGGGUGUGGACCAACUAUUGAAGCUGGUUCCUGGAAGUUCUUCAGUGGACCUCAGCUCCCGGAAUACGAUGUUUACGGUGUUUGCUCCGACGGACGGCUCGCUGGCGCCUCCGCACCUCUCACGGAAGGACAUCGAGUACCUCAACACCAAUCUCACGGAUGAUGAGCGAUCGGCGAUUGUCCAGCGCCACAUCGUGCGGGGCCAACAGAUAGACUAUGACAGUAUCAUAGACGGGUCCUAUAACAAAUAUGCAAGAGAUAGAAACAUAUCCAUUAUCUCCAGAACAGAUGGAUUUUACCUGAAAUGGGAGGACGUGGAAGCAAAAAUCGUCCGCCCAAAUAUUCUCGCCACAAACGGCAUAAUCCACGUGGUGGAUCGCUUCAUGUUGGCCACGCCCAUACAUGAGACGACACUUGCUCCACGAACCACUACACAACGUCAGCACGUGUCGGGUGCGCGCACAGUGCAUCAUGUGACUGUGAUUGUGACGUCAUAUUCUGUGACUGUGACUGGUUUAGUGUUGAUGAAAUUAUUUAAAUGUUUUUACAUCGUUAGAUGAUACAGUGUGACCGUGAAAUAAUGAACCCAGUUUAUGCACAAAUACAUGUGAUUUAUUUGAGGUAAAUGGCCUAAGGGCUAUUUCAACAUGGAGCACACAAUUCUUUCAAUAUCUGCCGCAGGUCACUCUAGUGUAUGCCCCCAAGUGUUAUGACUAUGUUUAUGCUUCCAGAAGCAUUACUUCUUGUCUUGUUAGCAUUUUUGUCCACUGAAUAUUGACAGCUGAUGUACAUGAUAGUAUUACGCUUUUUUGAAUCUCCUGUUUAUGUCAUAAUGUGUCCACAUAAUUAUGCCAUUGAAGCUCAAAUAGAGCAAACUGUGUUCAAUACAUCUGUAGAUAUUCACCUUUAUAAAUCUAUUUUUAAUA